AUGGCUCAACUACUUCCUGAUGAUUUUGCCAUUCCCAAAGGUUCUUGGAUUGUUGUCACCGGAGUGAAUGGCUACAUCGCCUCUAAUAUUGCCGAUCAGCUUCUUCAUCACGGAUACAAUGUCCGCGGAACCGUUCGCGCUCUAUCGAAAGGCGAAUGGAUGAAAGCAUUGUUCGAAACGAAGUAUAAGGACUGCGUAUUCGAAUUAGCUCAAGUUGAGGACGUGACUCGUCCUGGGGCAUUUGAGCAGGCCCUCCAAGGUGCUUCAGGUGUAGUCCACGUGGCGACUGUUUUCGGUGGUGAAGCAGAUGUGAUUCAGCGCGUCAUUGACAUGAACACAAACCUCCUUGCCACUGCAUCCCAGGAACCGAACAUGAAGCGAUUUGUAUACACUUCCUCUUCCGAGGCUGCCAUUUAUUCAUCCUUUCUCGAACAAGACGCGAGCCAGCCCAUACGAGUCACUGCAAACACCUGGAAUGAGAAGGGGGUAGAGCGAGUCAGCGGGGAAACGUCCUUUAAAUCACCCAAGGCAGGGUUUGACCUCUACGCCGCGAGCAAGACGCUAGGGGAGCAAGCAAUCUGGCAGUGGGUGAAAGAGCACGAGCCGGGGUUUGUGGUUAACACAGUUCUACCGUCAGUAUGCUUCGGGCGCUCGAUAGAUCCUAAAAACCAAGGCCAUGCAUCUUCAUCCGCUUGGCCUGCGGCGAUCUUUCAGAAUAAGUUCGAUACUGUCUGGCCUUUCCUGAAACAUGUUAUACCUGCAGGGGCCUACUGCGUUGACGUGGAUGAUCUUUCUCUACUUCAUAUGGCGGGUCUUCUACAUCCGGGCGUUCAGAACGAGCGUCUCUUUGCAUUUGGAAAUCGUUUUACAUGGUCUCAGAUUAUAUCGAUAUUCCAAAAGCUGUUCCCGGAUCGAGAGUUUCCGGAUGAGCCAUCGACGCAGACAAAUAAGACGGGGAACUUAGAUGUUGAGCCGGCCGCUCGAGCAGAGGAGUUGCUACGAUUAUUUGGGAAGCCAGGUUGGUCGAGUCUGGGGGCGACUUUGAGGGCAAAUAUAGAGGAUUUGAUCUAG